ACUUCCACUUUGACCUCAUAGUUAAUCUGCGUGAUAGUUAAUCACGCAGAGUCUCUAGUGAUUUUUUUCCUAUUUAUUUCAAAUACACACACCCACAGGGCUCUGCCCCCUGUAAAAGAAAAAAAAAUCAAAACAAACAAAUAACCCCAAAGAGAUGGACCCCGGGGAGAACGCGUAAGUGUGAGGGGCAUGAGUAUACGAGUGCGCGUGUCUUUCCCUCUCCCUUAUUUGUCUCCGUGUGAGUCUCUCCUUGUACCCUCCCCCUGCCUCGAUGAUAUUACUCCCCCAGACUUGGAAGCCGCUGCCAGAGUGACGCUUUGAUGGUAUCUGCAAGCGUUUGUGCUGAUCUUAUCUCUGCCCCCUGAAUAUUAAUUCCCAAAUCUGGUAGCAAUCCAUCUCCCCAGUGAAGGGACCUACUAGAGGCAGGUGGGGGGAGCCACCAUCAGAUCAUAAGCAUAAGAAUAAUACAAAGGGGAGGGAUUCUUCUGCAACCAAGAGGCAAGAGGCGAGAGGAGGAAAAAAAAAAAAAAAAGCGAUGAGUUCGCCAAAUAUAUGGAGCACAGGAAGCUCAGUCUACUCGACUCCUGUAUUUUCACAGAAAAUGACGGUGUGGAUUCUGCUCCUGCUGUCGCUCUACCCUGGCUUCACUAGCCAGAAAUCUGACGAUGACUAUGAAGAUUAUGCUUCUAACAAAACAUGGGUCUUGACUCCAAAAGUUCCCGAGGGUGAUGUCACUGUCAUCUUAAACAACCUGCUGGAAGGAUAUGACAAUAAACUUCGGCCUGAUAUAGGAGUGAAGCCAACAUUAAUUCACACAGACAUGUAUGUGAAUAGCAUUGGUCCAGUGAACGCUAUCAAUAUGGAAUACACUAUUGAUAUAUUUUUUGCACAAACAUGGUAUGACAGACGUUUGAAAUUUAACAGCACCAUUAAAGUCCUCCGAUUGAACAGCAACAUGGUGGGGAAAAUCUGGAUUCCAGACACUUUCUUCAGAAACUCCAAAAAGGCUGAUGCACACUGGAUCACCACCCCCAACAGGAUGCUGAGAAUUUGGAAUGAUGGUCGAGUGCUCUACACCCUAAGGUUGACAAUUGAUGCUGAGUGCCAAUUACAAUUGCACAACUUCCCAAUGGAUGAACACUCCUGCCCCUUGGAGUUCUCCAGUUGGUAUCGUUCUGUUGCCCAGGCUGGAAUGUGUGGUGGUGUGAUCUCAGCUCACUGUAGCCUUUGCUCCUGGGGCUCAAGUGAUCCUCCCACCUCGGCCUCCAGAGUAGCUGGGAUUUCAGAUGGCUAUCCACGUGAAGAAAUUGUUUAUCAGUGGAAGCGAAGUUCUGUUGAAGUGGGCGACACAAGAUCCUGGAGGCUUUAUCAAUUCUCAUUUGUUGGUCUAAGAAAUACCACCGAAGUAGUGAAGACAACUUCCGGAGAUUAUGUGGUCAUGUCUGUCUACUUUGAUCUGAGCAGAAGAAUGGGAUACUUUACCAUCCAGACCUAUAUCCCCUGCACACUCAUUGUCGUCCUAUCCUGGGUGUCUUUCUGGAUCAAUAAAGAUGCUGUUCCAGCCAGAACAUCUUUAGGUAUCACCACUGUCCUGACAAUGACCACCCUCAGCACUAUUGCCCGGAAAUCACUCCCCAAGGUCUCCUAUGUCACAGCGAUGGAUCUCUUUGUAUCUGUUUGUUUCAUCUUUGUCUUCUCUGCUCUGGUGGAGUAUGGCACCUUGCAUUAUUUUGUCAGCAAUCGGAAACCAAGCAAGGACAAAGAUAAAAAGAAGAAAAACCCUGCCCCUACCAUUGAUAUCCGCCCAAGAUCAGCAACCAUUCAAAUGAAUAAUGCUACACACCUUCAAGAGAGAGAUGAAGAGUACGGCUAUGAGUGUCUGGACGGCAAGGACUGUGCCAGUUUUUUCUGCUGUUUUGAAGAUUGUCGAACAGGAGCUUGGAGACAUGGGAGGAUACAUAUCCGCAUUGCCAAAAUGGACUCCUAUGCUCGGAUCUUCUUCCCCACUGCCUUCUGCCUGUUUAAUCUGGUCUAUUGGGUCUCCUACCUCUACCUGUGAAGAGGUAUGGGUUUUAUUGAUAUGGAUCUUAUUCACUGAGUCUCAUGGAGAGAUGUCUGUUCUAAGUCCACUUAAAUAAUCCUCUAUGUGGUUGAUAAUGAUCUGAAUUUGUUUCUAUGUCCAAACCUGGUAAAUUUUAUAAUGUCAUAUUGUUUGUGCCCAGCCCUCCUUUGGUUAGUGUACUUUGAACUUCAAUGUUUGCUGUGUUUCAAACCUGCAAGGCAAAGUAAAAUUAGAGCAAGAACAUUCAAACCAAGUAAGAUAUUUUUCAGCUACAGCAAAUGAAAUAGUGAAAGCCCUGACUAUUUACAGUAGUGGUAUCCUUACUAGAUUCGUAAUGCAAUUAGAUAGAAAAGGUCCAAAACUGUACCCUAUGUUCACUCCAGGUCAAGUUGUGAUAAAUUUGAUCCCAAUAGAAUACCUCCCUCAUUUAAGAAAAAUCAUAACUCAUUUUAAAUAUGAAAGCCUAGUCCAGAAAUCUAUUACACCUUUAUCUCAAAAUAGGAAAAAAAUUUCCUCCACAUUCAUGUACAAUGAUGUAAAUAUUUCAAUAACUUAGAAUGCUUCAAGUUUAGUGCAUGCAUCUCUUUAGAUCCAAAAUAAAUGGAUUGAAGUUAUCAUCCUAUUGUCUUUUAUUUUGUGUCCUUGGGCUGUAAAAGAAUCCUGAAUGUAAUUAUAAGGAUUUGGGUUUGGAAAUGGAGGGAGGAAUUUUCAUUGCCUUCUCCCUCAUGCAUGAAGAUUCGAACAGCUUAUUUUUUCCUUGUAUGACAUAUUACAACACUUUAAGUAAAAUAUAGGCUGAAUAAUCAACAUUUGCCACCUCUAAAUAUGCCCAAUUUCAUAACUAGAGUAUAAAGUAAUUGUAUGUGCUUGCCGCUAUUUUUUUCUUCCUUUUAGGAUGAUAGAUCAUAACAGAACUUAUUCUCCAUCUCAAGAUCUGCUUCUAGUGAUUGUGAGUGCCUUGUGGGCAGAAUCCUUGUCAUUUCCUCUUUGGGUCUGUAGCACCUUGCAUAGUGCCUGGCACAUAGUUGGUGCUCAAUAAAAAUGGUUUGACGUGAAUUGCCCUCACAUGCUUCUGGCAAAUCUCUGUGCUGACCUGAAACCAGUGAUUCAUCUUCUCACAUAGGUGUUGUCAAGUGAUAUUUGAUUUUGUAAAAAUAACCAGUAGGAUCCAAAGAACUUUAGCUAUUUAUGUUCAUCUUCAAAAAAUUAUUUUAGGCAAAGUCCAUACUCAUUUUAAAACAAUAUUUAUGUCCUAUGUUUGUGUAUAGAAAUGACUCUACUAGGGCAUAAUUAGAAUUUGUGUAUUAUUUUUCCAGGUUUGGGGAUGAGUCAGUCCUUGCCCAUCCACAAUUUUGUUUGUGAACUUAUAACAGGAAUAAGCAAAAUUCAUACCUGACUAGUGUUCAGAAUGUAGUAUUCUGUGCGAAAAAGUAUUGAAGAUUAGCUUUUAAAAACAGAAAAAAAAAUGAAUGACUCACAUAGAAGUUGAGCCAAUGACUGUGGCCUCAUUAGAUUAUAUUGUAAUUAAACAAAGCAAUUUCUCCAGACUUAAAACAUGAUGAGUUGAGCUCUAUCUUCAUGUACUCAUCCUGAAUCCUUAUUUUUCUAAAAUAGCACCCUUUGUUAAUUAUUUUUAUGGAAAUUAUUACUGUGUCAUAAUUAAAUCAUAGCUAGUAUAACUUUACAGAUAACCUAAAAAGAAUAGAAAAGAAGAGAGAGCGGCUUUGUCAAUAUAAAACCAUGUAAAGUCAUCAUCAAGUCAUCUGGAUGAAUCUUGAAACACAUUUAGCUGCCAGUUUUACAAACCUUUAAUAUAUCAGUGCUCCAGUAUAUAACCUCAAACAAAUGUAAAUAGAAUGAAUUAUUUUCUUGUUUUGAAUUGUCAAUAUAUUAAAUGUUGACUCUUUGGGAGAGUUGUUGGCAAGUUUCAAUGGUGAGAAACAUGUUAUUGUCAACUUGAAAUCUGUUCUGUAAUGGGGACACUACAAAAAGCUAGCUUUCCAAUGUGUGCAUAGUAUUGGCAAUAUGAAUAUAUAUUAUAUAUAAUCUAAUACUUAUUAUAAGCUGCUCCCUGUCUAUGUAUUUGGAAACCUUUUCACAAAGGGAAUUGCCUAACAUGUGGACUUUUACAAUAAAAAUGCUGCAUUCUAA